AUGGGCCAAUUUCCACGCCCCACCGUUGUGCUCGUUCUCGUACGCUUUUUUUUUCCUCUCCUGCUACCUCUUGAACAACUCACCCUGGCUCCGAAGCACCCCUAUGCACCCCUGGCCGCCAACCCUGAAUCCGCCCCGACUGCUGAUGCUGCGGCUAGGGGGCUUGAACAUGAACAGUUUCUUCACACGAAGGUUGCUUUCGGCACCGAUGAUGCUGCCGCUUUGACCGCUUUUCCCCCUGCCGCUGCCGCUGCCGCUGCUGUUGCCGCUGCUGUUGCUGUUGCUGUUGCUACUGACGCCUCUGCCGUAUGUCUGUCGCCUCGUGGCCCAAUCUCUUCUCACAGUGCUGGUGUCUCCUCCGUGGCCAUCGAUGUCGCCAACGCUGCUGAAAUCACCCGCCGUACUAGUUGCCAUGGGCGAGAGCAUCUUCGAAAUAUCUCCCUGGAAGAAACUCCGCCCUUUGCUGGGAAUCAGCUGCAUCGACUUCGAUCUGUCCUUCUUCCUGAUGGUCGUGCUUUCGGCCUGUAUGUUCAAACUGCUCAGAUCGUUCAUCGGGCGACUUCUUCGACCCUGCGAGAUAACAUCGAUUACAGGCGCCUUGUUAGCUCUGCUGGUCUCUUCUGCACUUUUCAGCUGGUUAAACCUCUUCAUCUUGCUCAAAAAAUCCUCAGAAUCCCUAACUUCUCUCCCGCUUUCUUUGGCGGUAUCUCUCGGGCGACUUCUGCCUCUGCUGCUCGUGACAUAUUCUUCCACUGUAAUCUCGUUGAUCUCGUCCUCAUUUGA